GAUGGCAGCCCCCUUGACAGUGCUCGGGAUAUGCUACAGCCGACGAGAAAAGCCUAUCAGCAGUAUAGUUUUCCGACUAUUGUCAACAAAUUCAUCCCUACAAAAAGAAAACAGAAAAAAUGGAGAAACUAAAAAAACCCAUUUUGGGUUUCAAACUGUCGCAGAAGAUGAGAAGGAAGAAAGAGUGUACAAAGUUUUUAAGAAUGUUGCCAGCAAGUAUGACUUAAUGAAUGAUUCUAUGAGCUUUGGCAUACACAGACUAUGGAAAGAUCACUUCAUAAACAGAAUGGCUCCUGUAGCAGGGACCAAGUUAUUAGAUGUUGCUGGAGGUACAGGUGAUAUUGCAUUUCGAUUCCUGAAGUAUAUACAGUCCCAGAAUGAAAAACCAGUGGUGACAGAUGAAAAUUUUACCAUUUCUACAAACUUAAAUGCUGGAGCUUAUUCCAUUCCCAGUGAUUUUGCUGAGGAGAAUGAAGAAACUGUAGAUUUAUCUGAUUAUAAAGAGGACACUUCUCAUGUAACAGUGUGUGAUAUCAACCAAGAAAUGCUAAACGUGGGGAAAUCUCGAGCUGAAGAGGCAGGAAUAAUGUCAGGUAUUUCCUGGGUUCAAGGAAAUGCAGAGAGUUUACCUUUUGAAGACAAUACUUUUGAUGCUUAUACAAUAGCAUAUGGAAUCCGCAACUGUACCCACAUUGAUAAAGUUUUAACAGAGGCAUACAGGGUACUGAAACCUGGAGGACGAUUUAUGUGUUUGGAAUUUAGUCAAGUCAAUAACAUAGUUUUACGUAGGUUAUAUGAUUCCUACUCAUUUGAGGUCAUACCAGUAAUGGGACAGGUGCUGGCUAAAGACUGGAAAUCUUAUCAGUAUCUUGUAGAGAGUAUAAGACAGUUUCCCAAUCAGAGAAGAUUUGCAGCUAUGCUUCAACAUGCAGGAUUUGGAAUUGUGUCUUAUGAAAAUUUAACAUUUGGUAUAUCUGCUGUUCACUCUGGAUAUAAAUUAAUUAAAAGUUAAAAUAAUUGUGUAUAUUAAUUACUUGCAAUCUAUGUCUUUAU